AGGAGCCGCGGCCCCCUCCCGCGGUCCGGCCGCUGCCCGCUUGCAUGGAUGGACGCGCCGUGCCGCGGCCGCGGAGACCCGCUCCCCAAGCUGGUGCUGCUCUUUGUCUUCGCAGAAGAUUGUCUUGCACAGUGUGACAAUGACUGCAAAGCUUAUUGCUGUGAUGGGACUACCCCCUACUGCUGCUCGUAUUAUGCCUAUAUUGGGAAUGUCCUUUCAGGCACAGCAAUAGCAGGGAUUGUAUUUGGUAUCGUAUUUAUCAUGGGAGUGAUUGCUGGCAUCGCCAUCUGUAUCUGCAUGUGCAUGAAGAACAAUCGUGGGACUCGAGUAGGGGUCAUCAGAACUACGCACAUCAACACCAUCAGCACCUAUCCGGUGGCUCCUCCACCUUAUAGUUAUGAAUAUGAGAUGGAAUACGCAGCAGAUCUACCUCCACCUUACACUCCAACUCCACAGACUUCAAUACAGUAUCCGCCACCUCCUCCUUACCCUGGAUAUUCAGGGAAAUAAUUAAUGGGCUUUAAAGAGAUACAAAGUGCCUGUUGAAUCAGCCAGCACAUUAUGGACAGAUAUUGUUGGCUCAGGAGCAAAUAGGAUGGGGCCUACAUCCACAUAUGCUGCCUGGUGUUAGUGUAACAGACAGUUGCUGUGGCUCAGGAUGACUUCUAAAGGAUGAAGAAAAGUAUAGUCCAUCCCAGAUCACUGUAAUUCACAAAUAAACUAAAGCACAAUAAAAGAAACAGCUACUAGGAUUUACAGCCUAGUCAACAGUGGUUGGCAUCAUCCAAAAUUCUGCUGGCUUUCUUUAGCAACCUGUUAAAGUGAACUGGAAUAUAAUUUUUCCAUUUAAAGGAAUGUAUGAUAAAAAUGGUUAAUAAGCUUCCUCUUCAGAGCAUGAGAUACAGCAGUUGGGGUCUAUUCUGGGAGGAAAAUUCCAACUGUUGUCUACAAACCUGUAUCGUAUCUUUCCUUGAAGUGGUGCAGAUAAGGAAGAACAAGAAAGAUGGAAGCUACUUAUUGACUUCCAUUCCAAAAUAGGAAUACCAGAUGAGCUGUUCAGCAUAGCAGUAUUUAGGAUCUGAUAGGUAUAUUGCAAACAAGAAUUUUAUUAAAGUCAUUCAGUGGCCAAAAUAUGACUGAUGUAACUACUUUUGACCAAAACACAGGGUAUUUUAAGUGCCUACUUUUAAGGAGAUUAAGUCUGGUUUAUAGCCUAUAAUCUAAGUAUACAGAACGUUUUUGUAUGUAGCUUUCACUAUAAAUUAUAGACAAAUCUUUUUAUAUGGAUUUAAAUACUGUAUACAGAUUUUUUAGGUCACUAGAUAAUACUUUAAUUUUGAAAGUAAAUAUAGAUUCAGCAAAAUCCUGAAAUAGUUUUGGAGGGGAAAAACCCAAGGUUAUUAAGGCUUCAUAGAUUUUUCCUGCAGUUUGAUUGUUGAUUAAACUGUAUGAAGAUCAGUAGUAAUUUUAAUUGAACAUUUGUUCUGACAAGCUAAUAGUCAGCAUAAAGGAAGAUGCAUUCAGAGGAACUGUAAACGUUGCUGUCAACAGAGAAGAUAGGGGAAUGAGUUGUCUUGGUUAUUUAAGUGAUUGGGCUCCAUAGAUUGAAAGGGAGAUCAGAGUUGGAUUUACCAUCCUGUUUAAGAACUGCACACACAAAUUAGGGGUAUAUGCAGUUCUGUCCUGAUCUCUUCUCUUUCAGAAUCGCUUUGCAGGCAUUGUUGGUGAAUGUCCUUCAUUAGAGAGUUGUUGGAACAAAAACACCAACAUGGAUUUUUCUAUUUGAAUUUACUAUUGUGUAACAUUUACAGCUGUUAUAUGGGCUUUUUAUGGCUUCCUGCAUUAUUUGUAUGUGCCUCAACUUAUGUAAAAAGUAGAAGAGGAAAAAUGAUGUAGCAUAUCAAGAAGUUUCGGUGACCGGAAUUCACAAAGCUGUGGAAACAGCCUUUUUUAUGCAUAUAAACUCCAGGUUUAUGAUCAUGAUUCUUAAGGCUCAGAAUGUGUUUAUUUAAAAACUAGCAUAUAGCCCUCAGCUGGAAACUGUCAUGGGCAUUCAAUGUAUUACAAAAUAAGAAGAAAGGUGAUUCACCGAGGACCUGAACCAAAGCCUAUUGAAGUCACUAAAAAGACUCCCAUUGACAUUAUUGGGCUUUGAAUUAGGUCCCAAAUGAGGAGCACUGUAGGUGUUG